CUGCUCACGCGCCGCGCAGGUUAGCCUACUGCACAACACUGCACCCUACGUCACAUGCAAGGGGGUUCUGCAACAGAAACCUGCCCUGCCUAGAUUGCACGUCACCGCUACCGACAAGAGGAGAGGGCUUUGGAAGCACGGUUGACAUUUUGGUGCACGGCGAGCACGCAGAUCUAAGGGGAAAGACGCCCCAGGCUGUGCAGGAGGAGGAAUCCUAAUCAUGCCCGCCGUGCAGCAGCAGCAGCAGCCCUGAAGGCGACAUGAAGCGCAAGAGCGACAGGAGGCGAUUGGAGACGAGGAGGAAGAAGCGCUGCGCAGCCCAGCGCGGCUCAGAGGCGGAGCCAAACUCGGAUAUUUACAUUGAGAUUUUAGAUCAAUUGUAUUUCGCCAUCAUUCAACAAAAGAUUAAAAGCACGACAGAUCGACACUGCUUCUGCAUAGAUGAAGAGUUGGCAUACGAGAACUUCUAUGCAGACUUUGGCCCCCUCAACCUCGCCAUGUUUUAUCGCUUCUCUUGCAAGCUGACAAAGAAGCUCAAGUCCAUUACUCUUUCAAGGAAGAAGAUUGUAUUUUACACCUGUGGUGACCAGAAAAAACAAGCCAACGCUGCCUACCUGAUUGGCUCAUAUGCAGUAAUGUACCUUAACAUGAUGCCAGAAGAGGCCUACAGUCUGUUGGUGUCAAGGAACAACACAUACAUUCCAUUCAGAGAUGCCUCGUUUGGAACCUGCAUGUACAAUCUGAACAUCCUGGACUGCUUGCGCGCUGUCCACAAGGCCCUGCAUUACGGCUGGCUCGACUUCUCUGACUUUGACGUGGAGGAAUACGAGCACUACGAGAGGGCAGAAAAUGGAGAUUUGAACUGGAUCAUUCCGGGAAAGUUCCUCGCGUUUAGCGGGCCUCAUCCCAAAAGCAAAAUAGAGAACGGCUACCCUCUGCAUGCACCUGAGGCCUACAUCCCUUACUUUAGGAAACACAACAUCACCAGUGUCAUCCGACUCAACAAAAAGAUGUAUGACGCCAGGCGCUUCACAGACUCGGGCUUUGAACAUCAUGACCUCUUUUUUGUGGACGGGAGCACGCCCAAUGACGCCAUUGUCAGAAAGUUCCUCAAUAUCUGUGAGAACGCAGACGGAGCCAUUGCUGUCCACUGCAAAGCUGGUCUGGGGCGAACCGGCACUCUAAUUGGCUGCUACAUGAUGAAGCAUUACUGCAUGACCGCGGCGGAAGUGAUUGCUUGGAUUCGGAUCUGUCGCCCGGGGUCCGUCAUUGGGCCGCAGCAGAACUUUGUUGAAGAGAAGCAGAACAGUCUGUGGGCUGAGGGAGAUGUCUUCCGGGAGAAGAUGCUCAGCGAAAGGAAGAAUGGUAAACUGGCCGUGACCAGAAUCCUCUCUGGAGUCGACGACAUAACCAUUAAUGGCAGCAACAAGAACAGAGCAUCUAAGAAGGGAGAGAUGGAACUGUAUAAUGAUGACGAGGACCGGAAUGGCCUGACACAGGGUGACAAACUGCGAGCCCUGAAGAGCAAGAGGCAGGCCAGAUCCUCAAGCUCAUUAUCAUGGCUGGUAGCCAUGCUGCUCUCCUCCCUGUGUAGCCUUGCCCUGUGGUGGAUUGUGUAUGGCUUCCCUUCUUCUAUCCUGCAUUUCUGUGUAGACGGGUUAGGAUUUCUAUGAGUUCCACCGGCCUGUGAACCCCCUCAAAAAAUGUUUGCUGCCCCCCAUUCUGGAUCUAUCACUGAGAAUGCUGUAAGUGAGCCCCCUAUUCAACUACCAACCAAAAUAGCCCAGUUUCUAUUUUUUCGGUACAAAUAACUUGAAUACCUCAGACCUAAAGUUGGGUACACACACAGAUUUUUAACAUCUUAACCGAUUUUAUAAAAUGUGAGUGACCCUACAUAUAAGGGAAGAAAAAAAAUGCUGUGUGUGCUCGAUCAUGUCUGGUGAUAAACAAACCCAAACAGUUUGUUAUAGUACAAAAACUGAGCCAUUAGAGGUAUGCCAACUACAUUUGGAAACUCUUGCCAUUAUUAUUAUUAUUGUGAAUGAUUUGUGAGUCACAUUAUAAAAACUUAAAACACAACUAGUUGCUCUUCUGUGUCCUGCAACAGUGUGAGCUUCAGGUCGCUUUCUAAUUGGCUAUCGUUCCGUUUCACAUCACAAUCAGAGUCUAUGUCUUAGCCCAAGUCUGUAUUGACACACGUGCCGAUUUGCAAUUGUAAAUAUUGAACAGGUUUAACAUUUAUGAUGGUUGACUGUUUUCUAAGCAGAUCAGAGAGGAAGUAUCACUCUUAACACACCGCAGAAUAAUCACUCAGAGACGUCGUAAGAGGGGGCAAGUGCUCAAAUUUGGUCCACUUGACUGUAUGUGUGUACCCCGCUUUAGUUUUAUAUCAAGAACACCCUGUUUGUUUUCAUUCCAGAGCAAGAAUUUCGAGCAACAUCCUUUGUUUCGAAACAUCACGCAUGUCUUUCUUUUGAUUCAAGUUUCCAAAUACAAUCAUUUUAGCCUGGUAUUGGAGGGCUGAUGGCUAUUACAUUAUUGAGUGUAAAGAAAAGUGAUAUCUAGCGCCACCCUGUGCAUCUACCCUACCACUAUUUGGCUUUGCUAAUCUCACCCGACUGUAAUGAGUGAAAAAUAAAUCUGGAAACCAUCAAUCUGCAUAGCUUCACCCACCUCUACACUCAUGUCAAACU